UCCAUUUUGACGCCUUUAAGCGGAAACCUGACGAUGACACUACGGAAGCGGUCGACUGUGGGCUUGAAUGUGGAUGCCACAGCAAAGGAGUUGCGGCCUGCUGAGAAGAGCCCCCACGGACGUAGCCGCAGCCAAUCGUCGGACACAGACGUGGCAACCAAGCUUCAACGCAACAACGAUAUCGCUGGGAUGCUUGAGCGUAAUGAAAUCGUGCCUUCGCUAUCGUCCUCCAAGGACACCAAAUGUGAUCUCUGCGAUGGGCUCUGGACAGACGAAAGCACAUCGGCCUUGUUUGAGUUUCGUCCCAGCGGCAUCGUAUGCGACCAGUCAUGUCUCACGUUUGCAGCGUCAUUUGUCGCGAAGAACCCAUCCAUUCAAAGCCGCGACGCCUACCUCGCCUACCGCCGACAGGUGGAACCGAAUCAGUCGGGGGUGUUCAAGAUCGUCGCCGAGAAGGCCGUGGACUUGCCCAGCGUGCGGUGGGUUGGCCGCCAAGAUCCGUACGUCCGGCUCGCGCUCUUGCCAUGGAAUGAACCGGUCCAAACCAAAGCCGCCAUGUCUGGCGGCAAGAACCCAGUGUGGCUCGAUGCCCACGCCAACGAGAUGCGUCUGCAGCACCGGUGCAACAGCUCCAACAACCCCGUACCGGCCCUUGAAGUCCAAGUCUGGAACGACAACUACAUGUUCACACACGACCUGCUCGCGAGUUCGCUGGUUAGCACCUCGCCCUUGCUCCAGCACCCUGGCAUUUCUGUCUCGAGAUGGUUCACCCUCAUCUCUCCUUCGUCAGUGUCCUCCAAACCCACGAACCAACACGCUCGUGUUUUCUUUACCAUGCAAUUCGACCCCCAACCCACCCGCCCCCGCCGCCUGCAGCUGUCGUCCGAACCUGCCGACGUGCGCGACCACAAGUUCCGAGUGCACUCGCUGAAAACCGUCGGCAUGUGUCUCCUUUCGUGCGACGUAUGCGACAGAGUGAUCGUGAGUACGACCAUGACCCAGUGGGGGUAUCGCUGCGAAAGCUGCGGCAUCGACGUGCACAAGUCGUGUAUGAUGCUCGCCAACACCAACCUCCCAUGUCCACACCACCACGCUACGCCAUCACGGAAUAACAACGACGAAGAACACGACGGCCACGAUCACGAAAGCGUCGACGCUGUGACGAGAGUUCGCUACGUGGUAUCGCCCAAAGAUGGCUCGAGUGGGUACCUUGUGGUCCAGCCAAGUCGAACAGGCUUACCCAGUUUUGGCAAGCUGUACGUGAACCUGCAAGGCGUCCACGUAUGCUCCAAGUAUUGCAAACCCUGCGAUAACGUGCACGCGGCCAACGUGUUUGAAGGCGAUACGUACUGCCGACUGAGCGUCGACGGCAUGCGACACGAGACCAAAGAAGUGUACAAGAGCGCUAAUCCAGUGUUCGACGACCGAACGUGCUUCGACAUUACCAACCGCGACACGGCGUUCCAAUUGGAGGUGGUGGACUUGGCAACAAACGUGGCCGUGGGGUCCAUGACCGUGCUGCUCUUUGAGUUGCUCCAAAUGGACGCCGAUGACGUGGUGCGCUCAUGUGUGACGUGGUGUCCACUACUCGAAUCGUUUCACGCGUCGUCGCAGUUUAAUUGCCCCAAGACGUCGUUUCCGCUCAAACUCAAGGCGAACGUGGUCGGCCACGCCCGGCUCACCCUUCAUUACGCCGAAGCAAAGCAAAAGCUGCUGCUGUACGUCCCCAAGCAACGGAUGGUGCUCCAAGGUCGCGAAGAAAAGGACUUUUCUGUUGAAACACUCAAGACCAACAUGGACCGCCUCGCGCGAGUGCUUAGGCUAGCGCCGUGGCUCGAGCAGCAGUACCUGGCCAUCAUCACAUGGAAGCGCCCCGUGCACUCUGGCGCUGUCCUCAUCCUCUUCGCGGCCGCGUGUCUGUUCGUCGAUGCCGAGCACAUGCCUGUGUUUGGGUUUGCGCUAGCGAUUGCGUACAUGCUGCAUACGCUGUGGCAGCGCGUGACAGGCGCGUACGCCCUCCAGUGGGCCGCCUACGAUGACGACGUGAUGGAAGGCACCCGGCUGUUCCGCCCGGUUGCGACGUUGUUGGCGGCUGUUGUGGACGCGGAGCUCCCGCCAACAGACUCGGCAUCGUCCUCGUCCGUCCCGUACGUGUUUGUUCGCGUUGUGUACAUCCCCAACGACUCGGACCAAGACGACUCGGGGCUGAUCUCGUCUGGCGGAGACGAAUACCUUGUUGGGCGCACGCACGCCGUCCGCCACACGGCGCGCCCGACGUGGCGAGACGGAUCGAACGUCGUGUCCCAUCUGGCGCCCCCCGGACUCUUCCGACCCAACGCCCCCCCAAAGAAGGAGCACGUGUUUCGCAAUGUCCAUGUAUCUUGGCCCCAAGCGCAGCAGCAGCGCAAUUGCAAACCCACCACAGACUACCAUACCCUCGUAUACCCGCUGCUGCAAGCCGCCAAGCACUUUGAUAACGGCCGCGAGCUGCUCGUGCCGUGGACGGCAUUCCCAGGACUCUUGCGGUUCGAUGUGGUGGAAACCAACGACGCUGGUGUGUGCGACACGGUGCUCGGGUCAACCACGCCGUUGCCCCUCGUUCAGUUCAUUCACGCGGACGAAGCCACGCUGACAUUGCCGCUCGUGCUCUGUCACAGCAAUUCUACUAACUCGUCAUUGUCUACAUCAUCAUCUACAUCGUUGACGGUUCGGCUCAAAGUGCAAUUGCCAGAUCCCAACCCUACCCCCCACAAGCAGCCGGACGGGGCGGCGAGGCCGGCAGACAAGAAGUGGUCGACGUAUGUGCGGGAUGCGCUGGCAGAGAAGGACGCCAAGGCGGCGACGCUGGGCACAACGCUGUUUGGGGCGUUCUGGAAGGCCAAAGAUACGACCACGAUGGUGCAAAAUGCCGUUGGACGGGUCUGCGCCACGGUUGUGUGCACGCAAAACCUGUUCAACUGGACGCAUCCGUGGAAAACUGCGACAGUGUUUGCCGCGUGCGUCGGCGGCGCGAUCUUGUUCUCGAUCGUCCAGGCUAGGUACAUCAUUCUGGUCGCUGGUAUCCUUGAAUUUGUGGCGGGGCUGCGCGAAGACCGACCGCCGAGUAACACGGCCCGCAACGUGCUGUGGAAUUUCAUUUCGUCGUUGCCUACUGACACGGAUUUGAUUCAGGCGUAUGAUGACCAACGAAAGGAAUAUGUUGCCACUCGAACGAGCGCGGAAGUGGCGGACGCUGUGGCAUGUCGUCGGCUCAAGCUGCAAGCGCUUUGGGUGGGCACGGUGCAAGUGAAGAUGGAACACGAUCGCACGUGGAAGCCGCUAUGUGUGGCGUUUCGGCGCUCUCGCUUUGUGUUUUGGAAAUCCGUCGACGAUGUCGACGCAUGUUUGCCACCGCUCGGCCAACUCAUUAUUGACGGGAUGAGCGACAUCAAGGAAAUUCCCGACCUCAUGGCCCGCAAGCCCGAAGACCCACCGUAUAUUUUGUACGUGCUGGGCAACACUGGCGAGUCGUACCAAGAAAAACGAUUUCUGGGGUUUGCGUCUGCUGCGACACGCGACGACCUUCUCCACGUGAUCAAAGCGUCCGACUAGCCUAUGUACUAACUAGUUAUAUUCUGGA